AUGAUUUAUACUAUCGAAUUUCUUUUGAAGGUGUGAAAAAGGCAGGUAAAAGAGGCUCAAGCUCCCUUUCUAGGGCUUUUCAUUUGGUUUCCCUCUCCGCUCUCCUACUCCCACACUUUACUUGAAAUCACACACACUCUCUAUUUCUAGGGUUUAUCAUUCUCUACUCUCCUCGAUCUCAUUUGUUAAUCAAAGAUGGGGCUAUCAUCGCAAUCGUACGGCAUACAAAGCAUGCUUAAAGAGGGCCACAAGCAUCUCUCCGGCCUCGACGAAGCCGUGCUCAAGAACAUCGACGCUUGCAAACAGCUCUCAACCAUCACCAGAACUUCUCUCGGCCCCAAUGGUAUGAAUAAGAUGGUUAUCAAUCAUCUCGACAAACUUUUUGUCACGAACGAUGCUGCCACGAUUGUUAAUGAACUUGAAGUCCAGCAUCCUGCAGCCAAGAUCUUGGUUUUGGCAGGGAAAGCACAGCAAGAGGAAAUCGGAGAUGGCGCUAAUUUGACUAUCUCUUUUGCUGGAGAGCUCCUCCAGAAUGCAGAGGAACUCAUAAGGAUGGGACUGCACCCAAGUGAGAUCAUCAUUGGAUACACAAAGGCGAUUAAUAAGACAAUUGAAAUACUAAAUGAGUUGAUUGAGGAUGGUUCUGAUACCAUGGAUGUUAGGAAUAAGGACCAAGUUACAUUGAGGAUGAAAUCUGCAGUGGCUAGCAAACAAUUCGGACAGGAGGAUAUAUUGUGCUCUCUCAUUGCUGAUGCUUGCAUACAAGUUUGCCCAAAGAACCCUGCAAAUUUUAAUGUUGAUAAUGUCCGGGUUGCAAAACUUGUGGGUGGAGGUCUCCACAAUUGUGCCAUCGUCAGAGGCAUGGUUUUAAGGAAUGAUGCGGUGGGAAGCAUAAAGAGAAUGGAGAAAGCAAAGGCAACUGUGUUUGUAAGCGGCGUUGAUACUUCUGCUACUGAAACAAAAGGAACCGUCCUUAUUCAUAGUGCUGAACAGCUUGAGAAUUAUGCCAAAACUGAAGAAGCAAAGGUUGAGGAGCUCAUUAAAUCUGUUGCAGAAUCAGGUGCCAAGGUUAUAGUCAGUGGUGCAGCUGUUGGGGAGAUGGCACUACAUUUCUGCGAGCGAUACAAACUAAUGGUGUUAAAAAUCAACUCGAAGUUUGAACUAAGGCGCUUUUGUCGUACAACUGGCGCUGUUGCAAUGUUGAAGCUUGGGCAGCCUAACCCAGAUGAUCUUGGAUAUGCUGAUUCCGUCUCGGUGGAAGAAAUUGGUGGUGCCAGGGUUACUGUUGUGAGAAAUGAAGAAGGGGGGAACUCUGUAUCAACUGUGCUUCUAAGAGGUAGCACUGACAGUAUAUUGGAUGACCUUGAAAGGGCAGUUGAUGAUGGUGUAAAUACCUACAAGGCAAUGUGCAGAGACAGUCGGAUAGUACCAGGAGCUGCUGCCACAGAAAUUGAGUUGGCGAGGAGAUUAAAAGAAUUUUCAUUUAAAGAGACUGGGUUGGACCAGUAUGCUAUUGCAAAGUUUGCGGAAAGCUUUGAGAUGGUACCAAAAACCCUUGCAGAGAAUGCCGGGCUUAAUGCCAUGGAGAUCAUAUCUACUUUGUACGCCGAACAUGCAUCCGGAAACACCAAAGUGGGCAUUGACUUGGAGGAGGGUGCCUGCAAGGAUAUCUCUACCAUGAGUAUUUGGGAUCUACACGUCACCAAGUUUUUUGCACUUAAAUAUGCUGCUGAUGCUGUCUGCACUGUUCUACGGGUAGACCAGAUCAUAAUGGCAAAACCAGCAGGUGGUCCAAGGAGAGAUGCACAGCCUGCUGGACCUAUGGAUGAGGACUAAGUCGUCAAAAGGCGUAUGCAUAUGCUUAAUUUCACGAUGUAUUUGUGGUUCUCCUUAUUCAACUGGCUUCAUGUUUGCUCGAGAUUGGCUGAGAGUUUUAAUUUGCUAUUGAAUAGAUACAAUGUUAUUGUAUAUGCCAGUUCUUUUACUCCGUGGGAGUAUUGCUGGUUUAAUGUAGGUUGCUACAUUUGUCAAAUUUUGUCAGCUUAUUUCUAAUGUAGGAAUCUUUUAUUUAAAUGGAACUGUUACCGUUGUUUAAA